AAGUGGAUUCUCCCUCUGAGAAAUUAUUUUUUGACGCGCCUAAUGAAGCCGAAAUGUUUUGAAGACUCUUUGUGUUUUAACAUAGUCUUUAUUCCCUCUUUAUUUGCAUAUGUGAUCUUAGGCAUUAAGAACGGCAACGGACACCAAGUUAUGAAUUUAAACUGAAAUGAGCCGGUGAAAAAAAUGUGGAAUCAAGAUGGUCAUUCAGACUUUCAAAUUGAGAUUAAAACAGAACCAGUUGAUGAUCAAAUAGAUAAUGGUUACCAUGGUAACACAGAUUCUAUGAGGGAUCAUUAUACUUUAAGUUACCAAGAUUUAUACCAUGAAAACAUUUCAUCACUUAAAAAUAAGGAUUCGGAAGGUUGUAACCAUAGCAAUACUAAACAGGAAAUAAAUAAUGAUGAUUCUGAUACAGAAGAUUGUGACUAUGGGAACACGUAUGAAUUUAGUUCUGAGAUGGAGAAUUCAGGAAUUACAAAUCAAAAGUGUGAUGUACCAUAUCCUGUCAAGUUGUGGAAGGCUGUAGAGCAUGAAGAUGGGCAGGAGACAAGUAAGAAAAAAGAACCAGUCAGUGAAUUUGUAUCAACCAUGUCAACCAGUAGUAUGAAAAUGAAUUUGCCUCAACCUGAGUUCAAUAACAUACUUACCAAUUCAGCCUUUACCACUACUGUUCAGGAAGAUAUCACAGAAAACCAAGGUAAAAGUAGAAACAGAAGAAAAAGAAAAGAAACGGUUAGGAGAUUGAAGACUUGUAAUAUUGACCAGAGUGAUGAAGAUGAAACAUUUGGUUUCAACACUGGUGAAAAGGAAUAUGACACUUGUAAUUCUGGGGAAAAGGAAUAUGACACCUGUAAUUCUGGAGAAAAGGAACAUGACACAUGUAAUUCUGGUUGUUUUGUAUGUCAUUUGUGUCAAGUAGUUUUCACAGAUGCAAAGGCACACCAUAUUCAUGUGAAAAAAUGUCUGACAAGAAGGAAGUUAAAGAGGAAAAAAACAAAUACAGAACACAAAUGUGAAAUUUGUGGCAAAGUAUUUAAAGACAGACGUGGACUUGACAGGCAUGAAGUAGUUCAUUCUGGGGUUAAACCUUACCAAUGUGCCAUUUGUGAAAGGUCUUACACUCAGAAAGGACAUUUACAACAACAUCAGAGGAUGCACAAUGAUAGGGAAGACCCACUGGAAUGUGAAUAUUGUUUCAAGAUUUCACAAAGACAAGAUAAAUACACAACUCAUAAAAACUUUCAUUAUCGUUCAAAAAACAUGCCAUAUCUUUGUAAUGCUUGUGGUGGUCAAUUCCAAGAAAAAUCUGACCUGGUCAAACAUAUCAUAAAGCAUCGCAAUACAGAGUUAUAUUAUGUGCAGGUGGUACAAGAAUCCAAAUUAUCAGAUGAAAACAAACCACGUUCAAAAUCUCCGUUGAAAAAGCCAAAGUUAAAGAAUUUAAGUGGAAGUUGUUCUGGAAUCAACUGUAACAAAGCAGUUGAGGGUAAAUUAGGAAAGUUUUUGUUUGUCUGUCAGCUUUGUAAGAAAGAAUUCAUAGACUGGUUUACCAUUCAGCAACAUAUUAGUCGUCAUACUGGUGAAAAAGUUUUAUUUACAUGCGAAACUUGCAGUAAAGAAUUUGAGAGUACAGAUGACUUUGCCGUACAUCAGAAAGAACAUGCUCCAAAUUAUGUGACAAAAUGUGAAAUUUGUGGAAAAUUUCUAAAUAGCAACACAGAUUUAUUGACCCACAAACAUAUUCAUCAAGUUUUAUAUUCAUUUCCUCGACAACAGCCUACAAAUGGUGAUGUCCCAGCAUUCUCUUCACAGAAAGAAGCAACAGUGACUGAUGAAGCAGUUAGUGGAACAUGUACUGAGGAAAAUGAACAUUCUGAUAGUAACGAUAAUGUUAAUAAGGAACACAAAGAGGACAAUAGCUUACAAGAUAAAACAGAAGGGCAGCAGAAGAUGAACUCGGUGCAAGAUGAUAACCAAGAUGCCUCUGUGUACAAUAAAGUUUCUCAAUACAUGGCAGAAAAUUGUCAUAUGGAAUCUAUUGUUGCUUCUAACUUUCGUUACAAUGUUCCUGUUAAUGACCCCUCUUCCAAACAAGGGCAAGCAGACAAUACAUUUGAAGUUGAUCAGAGUGAAUGUGUUAAUGAAGUUGAUAAAAAAAUCAACAUGGCUUCUAAUCUGAAAAAUGCCAUUAACACACACGAAAGAAGAGGACAGUUCAUAUGCAAUGUAUGUGGCAUGAUUUUUGACAGAAUGAAUUUGUUCCGCUUACAUGCAGCAUAUUGUGGGAACAUUGAUCAAAAGGUCAAGGUUCAUGUUGUGGGAAGGAAGAAGAAAUAUGAAUGUCCAAUAUGUGGGAAGUUGUUUCCUGAUCGUCGUGGCAUUGAGAGACAUGGUGUUGUUCAUUCAGGCAUCAAAGCAUAUGAGUGUACUGUGUGUGGAAGGUCAUACACUCAGAAAGGUCAUCUUGAAUUGCACAUGAAGAAACACAGCGAUAAUUUCUUUGAGCGGUUUGAGUGUCCGUAUUGUUUUAAAAUCUUAGAAAAAAAGGAUAGAUUUGUAAUACACAAAGCUUCACACAUGUCAGAAUUUCCAUAUACGUGUAAUGUGUGUAACUCAUCCAUGAGAUUACUCCAGGAUCUCUAUGAGCAUUUUAAAACACAUGAGCAUCAUCAGUUUUACUAUGUUGAAAACAAGAUAGGAUUAGGGACACCAGGAGAACAGGCACCAGAAGAGAGUGUUCAUACAGCGCCAUCUAUACAACAGGUGUCGAAUGACAGUACACAUACAGUGCCACCUAUCAUGCCUAUACAAAUAUUUGAUUCUGACAAACUUCAAGAACUAUCCAACAGCCAGUUAAAGUUAAGAGAAGAAGGACAACACUUGUGUGAUGAGAAUCACUUUAUUUUUGUUUGUCAAAUUUGCCACAAACAGUUUCAGACUUGGCAAAUUAUGCUAGAACAUGUUGACCGCCAUUUUGGUAUGACCCGUCAGUUUACAUGUGAGACUUGCAAUACAGUUUUCAAUACAGUGGAAAAUUUAAAACAACAUUUAGAUGAACAUAAGAAAAAUUUUCAAAAUAUAUGCACAGUUUGUAAAAAAUUCUUUUUAGAUGAAGAUGGAUUGAAAGAACAUUUUGUAAUUCACAAGAGAUUUGCACAGAAACGAUCAUUUUAUGUAAAGCAACCUAAUUUGAACAGAAAGCGACGGAAAUUAAAAGAGAAACAAGAUACAAUAGCUCCCCUCUAAUAACCUCUCUUAAUCAUGUACCAACCUCCAAUCUAGAACUGCUUAAACAUUGGAUAAAAGAUUCAACUGAUGUUAGUUUAUUAAGGAUAUUUUGCUCUUAAUUAUUGCCAACAAACUUAAACACUUCUUCGAGUUGCAGUUUGAAUUCAUUUAUCAUGUUUAUUCUGAGGAAAACUAUAGAGAUAAGUGUGUUAGUGUGAAGCAAGUGCAGUGAAAUGAAAAUAUUCUUCCUUUCAGUAACAUUUCCAAACCAAUGAUUGACUUUUUGAUACAUAAAAAGUUGGAAUUAAACUUUAUACUAGUUGAUCAGUUUGAAGUACUGUAAAUUCAGAAAUUAUUGCGAAUAAUGCGACUGGGUGGGUAUCGCAAUAAUUAGAACUUGCAUUCAUAUAUAAUUAAUCAUACAUUUUUGUCCAUUCUAAAAUCACAAUAAAAAAUGCAUGCAAUAACCUCUAAAUUAACAGUAAUGAAUUCAAAGUGCAACUGGAAAAAGUGAUAAUGCAUUAAUAUAUAUUGAAACUUUUAUUCAAAGUUAACAACCAAAAUGUUUGAGAUACAGAAGACUGGAACCAGCUUUAGUGUUACUGUGUUUAUUCAGCAGGCUUUGCCCUAUCACAAUACCAAUUGCUAAAAAAAUAAAACAUUUUAGCUCAUUUAUUCAGUGAAAGGUUGUUAGUAUUAAGUGAAUGCAAUAAAGCAAUGACUAAAAUCAUGAAAAUGUUUCACCAGUUGAUCAGUUUGUAAAGGUGUUUCAAACUGCAAUUUGAUAAAACUGUUUUAGCAAUUUGUAUGGUGGUAGGGCAAAGCCUACUGAAUAGCACAGUAUUAUAAUUUAGAUCCUUUUAAAUUAUUUGAAAAUAAAAAUUAGGAUGUACACUUUAUUUUUUUACACCAAAUAUAAGUUUAAUCCCUUGAACAUCCAUCACCCUUUUAUAUUCUUCUAUUAUCUUCCCCAAACUUAAAAGAAAUGAAACAGUUACAGCUGGUAAAAUUUUGAAUCUUUGAUGUAUGAAAUUUCUUGACAAGGGAACAGUGCAGCAUGGUGAGUCGUCAGACGACUCCUUAUAGGAGUUAUUGCUCUUAAAUGACAAAAAAAACAGUGUUUUGCAAUUUUGGGUAUUAUCUUGAAAACUGUAAAAGAAUCUUAAUUUGAUAUCAAAAAUGAUCUGCAAGACAAGAUCUACAAAACAAUCAAUGGCAGAAAUCAUCUUUUGACUCCUCAUGAGAGUUAUUGCCCUAAAUUUAUGAUCUUUACCCAUUUUUUGUGUUUUUGUCUUUAAUCAUGAAGAUCAUGAAGAUUAUAAUAGAGGAUAGAAACCUUAAACAGCAAAAAUGAUCAUAAAAUUUUGCCCAUUUUUUGGUGUUUUUGCUAUAAUCACAAAAAUAUUAAUAGAUAGAAACACUAAUAAGCAAUGGUGAUCAGUAAGACAAGAUCUACAUAUUUAAUAGGUCAACAUGAGUGCAAUGUUAAAUGACUUCUUAUAGUGGCUAUUUUACCCAUUUUUAUACGACCACAAAAAAUUUUGUUCGUAUAAUGCUAUCUUGUCGGAGUCGGAGUCCGAAGACACAUUUGGUUUCUGGACAAUAACUUUAGUUUAAGUGAAUGGAUCUCUAUGAAAUUUUACCAGAAGAUUCAAUACCACAAAAGGAAGGUUGGGAUUGAUUUCAGGGGUUAGGGUACCAACAGUUUAGGAAUUAGGGGCCAACAACAAGCAUUUUUGUAGUUUCCGGACAAAAACUUGUGUGUAAGUGUAUGGAUCUCUCUGAAAUUGUACCACAAGGUUCCAUAUCACAAAGGGAAGGCUGGGAUUGAGAUUGGGGGUAAUUGCCCCAAAUGUUCAGGAAUUAGGGGCAAAACAGGGGCCAAAAACAAGCAUUUUUCUAGUUUCCAGACAAUAACUCAUGUUUAAGUGUAUGGAUCUCUCUGAAAUUGUACUACAAGGUUCCAUACCACAAAGGGAAGGCUGGGAUUGAGUUUGUGGGUAAUUACUCCAAACGUUUAGAAAUUAGGGCCAAAAAGGGGGCCAAAAACAAGCAUUUUUCUAGUUUCCAGACAAUAACUUGUGUUAAAGUUUAUGGACCUCUCUGAAAUUGUACAUUUUUUCUGCAAAGAAAAAAAUCUUCAAAAAUUGGGGGG